CCUCACCUUAUCUAUAAAAAAAACGUGGUGAAAAGCUCUACAUUUUAUGACUUAUUGCUGGAGUGAUUAAAGCUCUUAUAUAACUUCUCGGGAAUUAAAACAUUACCACUUAGCUAUCAAUUUUGCAGUCGGUCUCUCUUUUUCACAGACAAAGUAUUUCUAUCGGCCUACUCGUUCAACAUCCGGGAAACUCUGUGUUUGAAAAGUUGUUUGUUUCACUCGACGUGUGCUCGCGAAUAUACCGGACACUCUCAGCAUAAUUAUAUAGUGUCACGUAAUAAUAUUAUUAUUUCAUAGUUUAUACUCUUUGCUUUGGAGGAAUUGUUGGACGGUUUUACAGUUUUAAUUUGCUUGAAAUUUGAACAAAGGACUUAAUUACUAAAAAGGUGUAAAAGUCAUUAUUAUUACCAAGGAAGAAUACUACUAUAUUUUUACGAUUUCUUGUAAUUAACCCUCGACCUGAUUGUGGACUUUACGGAUAGCUUUGCUUUCAAACAUUGAUCAACAUGAGAGUUGUCUCGGAAUGUCUUUCGCCCUACUUUGCAGCAAGAAUAAUGUUUGUCCUCAGUUUGUUUGCCAGAUCAUUUUCUCAAAAUAUUGGAGAUGUGAGGUUAGUGGACAGGGGCGGUGCUGUGGGAGUCAGUGCAGGUCGCGUAGAGGUGUACAGCGACCUCGGACCCGGAAGUGCAACCUGGGCAAGACUUUGUGAGGCAGGGUGGAAUUCAGAUGUCGCCUCUGUUGUCUGUCGGCAACUUGGUUUCGACGGUGUGCAGAGAUUCUAUAGCAGCUUGGCACCAAGACGGCCAAAGUCGAUCAUACGGCUCAACAGGUGUAAUUCGAAUACUGAUGCGACAAGUCUUAACGAAGCUGGUUGUCAACAGUCUCCGACUGCGUGUAAAGGUAGAAGACGCGAUGCUAGUGUCGACUGUCUCGUGCGUCCAAGUACCCCAAUGCAACCACAGGACAAUAAAAACCCAACUCCGGUUAUCGUAACAACAUCUACUGUCCAAGUACAGACGACCCCAACGACAACCUUGUCAACGACUUCGGAGGCAACAUCGACCGUAUCGACGAUUUUGACAAUUACAUCAACUACAGCAAGUGUCGACGUCGUGACGAGUGAUUUAAUGACAACAGAUUCAUACAUUACUCUUGAUCGACUACCACGGAAGGAUCUUAAUGUUGCCGCGAUAUACAUUGGAGUGACACUUUCCUGUUUUAUCAUCGCCAUCAUUCUUAUCAUUAUAUUUCUUUGUUAUUGGUGCAAAAGGAAGAUCACGAAUACCAAACAAACAGGCAGAACUGGAGGAGGCUCGGAUGAUAGAGAACACAACUUUCAAAACAAUGAAUACCAGUACAAUGGAGUUAGAACUGUCGAAAAUGGGCCGAGAAUUUCAUCGAAUAUUUCUGGUGAGGAAUACCAGUACUCGCCCAUUGGACCUCCCAAUAAUGGCACGGACGUCAUACCAAGAGUUCCAAAACAAGAUUCUGUCGAUGAGUACCAGUACACCGCCGUUGGACCAAUGCAAAAUGGCACCGAUGUCAACCCAAGGGUUCCAAAACAAGAUUCCGUCGACGAAUACCAGUACUCCGCCGUUGGGCCAAUGCAAAAUGGCACCGAUGUCAACCCAAGGGUUCCAAAACAAGAUUCCGUCGACGAAUACCAGUACUCCGCCGUUGGGCCAAUGCAAAAUGGCACCGAUGUCAACCCAAGGGUUCCAAAACAAGAUUCCGUCGACGAAUACCAGUACUCCGCCGUUGGGCCAAUGCAAAAUGGUACCGAUGUCAACCCAAGGGUUCCUAAACAAGAUUCCGUCGAUGAGUACCAGUACUCCGCCGUUGGGCCAAUGCAAAAUGGCACCGAUGUCAACCCAAGGGUUCCAAAACAAGAUUCCGUCGACAAAUACCAGUAUUCGGCGGUAGGACCAAUCCAAAAUGGCGCCGAUGUCAACCCAAGUGUUCCUACACAAGACUCGGGGGAAGAUGAGUUCUACUCUCCAGUUGGUGCUAUCUCCAGCGACACUCUUACUCCAAAAGCCACCGCAUUCUCCAACGUUUGUACUGAUGAGAGCUUCUAUACCAUUCCUGAUAGAUCCGAAGUAAAUCCGUACCAAGAACUCGCUGUCAAAACGUCUGCAUUUGCUGGCUUGCAGAAGCUAAGAAAGAAGCCAGCUCUGGAACAAAAUACGCAACGGGCACCAGAAAUUAAGGUGGCAAAGCAACCGCCUGUCAAGCCAAAGAAGUCACAGACACCGACUAACGAUACUCCCGUGCAAAUAUCUGGAAAACCUCACCUACCUACAGAGGUGGAUAAUAUCGUGUACGGGCUUGAAGUGCUCGGCGAACAGAACGCGUGUGCCGCGUCGUCACUUGCCGAUGGACAAACCGACGACCAGUGUGAAUCCAUAUACGCAGUUGACAUCGAACUACGAGAGAUAUCCCCUUCCGGCACUUCAGUAGCUAUCUAUAGAGACUAUUCCAUCAAUAGAGGUAUUAAAAUUACUGAUGGAGAGAAUCCAUAUGAAAAUUCGAUAAUUGGCGAUCAAUCUUUUCUGCAAGACGAUGACGAAAGUGAUUAUCACGCUUUAAGUAGAAAGGCAACCUUACCUGUGUGAUUAGAAAGUUGUACGACACAAUAAUAUUGUUCCUUUAACAGCUGUUGGCCUGAUUGGCUCUAUGAUUAUUAUUUUUUUGAUUUUUGUUGUUGAUUUUUUUUUAAUAUAUUUUUUUUCCUGACUGCUAAUUGUUUAGGUGUAUAGGCUAUGUUCGAAAGUAAUAUUCUUGACUUUUCGGGUACAGCCAGUCGUCUGUAUAUGGUUUC